AUGUCAAUCGGCGGCCCUUGUCUUUGGGUGCCUUCUUUAUCCUCGCCGGUUCCUUCGCCCCUGUCGGCUGUCUCCUCCCAUUUCUCGGCCAUUACUCGUCACGGAGAGCGGGCUUCUUCGCUUCCACGAACUUCCUCGCCACAGUCAACGUUUCCAAGGGAACUAGCACUGGACAUUUCUUCCUUACGACGGUCUGCUGAGAUGCAACGAGCUGGUUCAAAGGCUGAGAAUGCCCCCAUCACACCAGUACCUUCGACCACAGCCUCUUCGGCCACGUACGGGGGAGAGAUCCCAUCGCACAGUCCAUUUAACCCAGUGGCCGGGGCAGGAAGAGAAGACACUCUUCCACGAGUGAAACUGGAGAUUCCUGGGAGAAGUUAUACCGACUUCUCGAUGUCCUCUUCUCAAGGCGGGUCAAGUCAUUUGGGAGAAAUGUCGGAUGCGUCUCAACUCGGUCUUGAUUCGAGAGAUGAGCACGACCAUGACAGAGAGUCGACGAUCAGCCCUUCUGAUGAGAGGGGCGAUACUUUAGAUGGUGAUGAUAGCAAGAUGUCAUCGCUGGAAAAAAAGAAGAUGAAAAGAUUUAGAUUAACACACAAUCAAACUCGCUUUCUCAUGAGUGAGUUUACUCGUCAGGCUCACCCGGACGCUGCCCACCGAGAUCGGUUAUCGAGAGAAAUUCCUGGCUUGACGCCACGUCAGGUCCAAGUUUGGUUCCAAAACAGACGAGCGAAGCUGAAGCGCCUCACUACGAAUGAUCGUGAGAGAAUGCUCAAGUCGCGAGCACUGCCAGAUGACUUCGACACAACAAAGGUUCUACGCACCCCCUUUGAGAGCAAGUCGACCGGUCAAACACCCGUGGCAUCACCCCAUGACUACAGUGUCCCGAAUCCGGAUUUUGCAGCACUGCGGACUCUACGGACGGACUGCUUUCAGCGCCCGAAUGAGGAGGACUAUCUUGUCUCGCCGCUCAGCUCGGCAUCCACUGCAGGUACUUACAUGUCCUCUGCUGGACAGGGGCGUACGGACGGCUUGCCCCAACCAUCCAUGAUGUACGGACGUCCCGUGGCAUCUUCAUCCAUGUCCGAUCUACACAGAACGAUCCGAAGUGACUACUCGAUCACCCGAUCUAGCAGCGUAUCCGAUGCGUCUUCUCAGCCCCCGUCGUUUCACCCGGGAAUGCAGCUUCACAAUAGGUUCACCCCAACAUCGAAUCAACCCGGUAUGCCUUAUGGUCGCCAGCCAAUGGAAUAUGGCGUCCCACGACACCCAGGCACAAUGAUGACAGGCUAUGACCAGUCACACUCAUUUGAAGGUUCAGUUUCACCCACCGACUCGCAGGGCCAGCAAAUGCCCUAUGAAUUGGGCAGCAUUGGUUACCAGUCUCAUCUAGCGAUGUCUGGAAUGACUUCGCAGAUCCCACAUGGCAGACCAAUGCCCUCCUUGCAAUCUCUACCUGUCUCUGCACCACAGGACUACCGGCCUUAUUCCUACGCUAAUCCCUCGGCACCUAUGGGCACAAUUGCUUAUACACAAUCCAACACCUCAACGCUGAGCCUCCCCACCUCCUUUGCUCCAUCCGAGCCCGGGGCAGCUGCUCAAGAUCAGAUGCAGCAGAACCAGCCACAUCUAGACUCUUUCCGAGCCAAAUUCAGCAACCAACCCUUCAACUAUUCAAGCUACAUCCAACAAUAA